AUGGAACAAAGUGCUCCCUCAGUAGCGUCAACAUACCUCUACAAGCUUGCAGGAGGGGUCUUUAACACCUCUUGGCAUCAGAGAUAUUUUGUAUUUGAUGCGAUCAAUAAGGAACUCUCUUAUUAUAAGAAUGAGCGUGAGAAGAAAGCAAGAGGAGUCCUAAGUCUGUCAGGUGCCACUGUUUCUGAGAUAGCGACUUAUAAGGAUAAACCAAACGCGUUUUAUAUCAAAGCAAAGAGUAGCAAAAAGAUGUACCUUGCAGGCAAAUCUUAUGAAGAAGCUCAGCUUUGGAGAGAUAGAGUAAUCUUACAGCUCACAGAUGAGAGUAACAAUACAGGUUUCUUCAACAUGGAGAGUCAUCCAGAGGCUACCUCUGAUAAGCAUUCUGAGUAUACCUCUAGUUUCGUAAAUAGCAGGAAAGGCUCUGAAAUGAGUAGAAUAUUCAAAAGAGACUCUGAUUCUUCGAAUGAAGAAUCAAAGCUUGAUAAAUCAGGACCUCAAGAAAGACUCUUUGAAAUUGAUGAGGAAUGUCUAGGAGAUGGUAAUGAUUGGGAUGACCCAGAUACCCAAAGGCAUGAGUUUCCGGAAGAAUUCAAAGCUAUAUCAAAGAAGUACCAAGAUUUCCUCCUCGAACAAACUUCGGACUGGGCUGUGAUAAAAUAUUCAAAGAAUUUAAAAAUAUCUGCUUUAGAUUAUACACCAGGAAAAUCUGUGUUCAAAUUCUCAGAAUUGAAGAAUCUAUUGGUGCCAUGAGUUCUAUGAACAGGGAUAUUCUUCUUGUUUAAAACCUACGCUGCACAUCUCCCUCUCUUUGUGCUGUUCAUAAUACUUGGGCUAAUUUGUUACUCAAAGAAGCCUAACUUCAGGAGCCUUACGAGUAGGAAGUCUAAAUUAUUGAGAGGGGUUACAACUAUGCAGUGAAGUAGUUCUAAUAUUGCCAACUUCAUAACGGAUGUCAAAAUCAGGAAGAAAUACGACUCCAUGCAUGUCAACUUAGCUCAUGCUUCUGAUGAUGGGCUCAUCGAAGGAGCUUUCUUAUGUAUUGAGCAUUUUAGACCUCCACCUCCAAUGAGUGAGUAUUAUGACGGAAAUGACCAGGUGAAACAAAUCUUCUUGAAAUUCAAAUGUAUGCAUUACUCAGACGAAAGUUUAACUCAUUUUAUCAUCAGAAAGGCUGAGAAAUGGGAUGAAUGAUUCAUAAUUAUCCCAUUCAUCGAGAACCCUGAUGAGAGUUUAGUGUAUUACUACUCAGGUUUUGGUACUAAGCCUUCGCAUUUGAAAGAUUAUGAGGACGACCAUGAAUAUAUCCAGUACUUACAGGAGAAAAGGUUCGAUUUCUUGCAUGAUCUUAAACUUUACUGCAGCAAGCAAUCUCGGGUGAUCCAUAAAGCUCGGGAGUCGAACACUUUAAUCUCUCGUGUCCCAUCAAAGUCCCUCACGGAGAUGCUGGAAGAGUCAAAGAAGAGAGAAAUGACUUUUGAAGAGCGCUCUAAAAUCAUUUGGAAAGAAUUCGAGCAUGAGCUCACCUCUGAGAGUAUCAUCGUUGGUAAAAAUGAAUGUGUCCCAAUGGAUCAAAGAUUUCCUAAUUACAACAGAAUGAAGCAAGGCCAUUUGUGGUGUAACGAUAGUGAUAUUUUGAAGAACCAAAAAGGUAUCCUCAUCGACCUGGUUAAAAGAGCAGGCAAAAAAUUGAUGGAAGGGAAAGGAGUCGUCGCAGUCUCACUCCCUGUUAGACUCUUUGAAAGGAGAUCAACAGUUGAAAGAAUGUGUGAUUUAUGGUCUACAGGUCCUAUCUUCCUUCUAGAGGCUGCAAGGAGUGAUAAUCCUGUUGAGAGGUUAAAGAAGUGCAUCACUUUCUUCAUUUCAGGUCUUCACAUGAGCAUCGAAAUGAGGAAGCCGUUCAACCCUAUUAUUGGGGAAACUUUUGAAGCUUGCUGGCCAGAUAAUACUAAGAUAUAUGUAGAGCAUAUCUCUCAUCAUCCUCCUAUCAGUUCUUUCUUGGUGGAGCACCACAAAGGAAUGUAUAAGUACUAUGGAUCUUACGAGUACACUGCAAAACUGACUGAUUUCGGGAAUUCAGCCACAGGAAGACAGAUUGGUAAGAACUACAUCGAAUUUCCUGAUGGCACUAGGAUCGAUUAUGAGUUCCCAUACAUGAAGAUCGGAGGGCUUCUCUUUGGAAAGAGGACUAUCAAAUUCUCUGGGAAAGUGCAGUUUUCAGACCCAAAGAAUCACCUUAUUGGUCAGCUUGCGUUUAACUCUGAAGGAGGAAUUUUUAAGAGGAAACAAGGCCCAGUUGACCAAUUUACAGGGACAAUUGAGAGAAAUGGAACUGUUGUGAGCGAAAUUGAAGGAAGCUGGCUUGAAAAUAUCUCAUUUGAUGGAAAAAUCUACUGGCAAUUAGAUAAAUGCCAUAUGAUUAAACCUAUAAUUCCAUCCAAAUGCCUCCCAUCAGAUUGCAGGUUUAGGGAGGAUUCAGUCGCCUUUGGUGAAGGGGACCUCGUAUGGUCUCAGAAAGAGAAAGAAAGGCUAGAAGAGCUCCAAAGGGCUGACAGAAAGUUAAGGCAAGAUCAGGCUAAGUUGAGGAGAAAGAAGAAGUCAAAGAGUAAUUCAUAA